GCGCCUCACAGCCCACGCUGGGCGCUGAGCCACGCGUGCGCCGGGAGGGGACAGGCGGGCGGUUCCAACGCGCCUGCGCAGUGGCCGCCGCCGCUGGGGCCGGAGCGGGGAGCGGCGCCCCCUCCCCCAGCCGCGCCAUGGGUGACGCGCUGCGGAGGGCGGAGUCGGGCACUCAGCUACUUGCACGCCUUGAGGGCAGAAGUUCUCUGAAAAAUCUUGAACCUUGUCUGUUUGCUGAAGAAGGAUCUCCCGUUCAUGGAGAUGUCAUUGAAUUCCACGGUCCAGAAGGAACAGGAAAAACUGAAAUGCUCUACCACCUGGUAGCCCGCUGCAUCAUUCCAAAGUCAGGAGGAGGACUGGAAGUAGAAGUCAUGUUCAUUGAUACAGACUACCAUUUCGAUAUGCUUCGUCUAGUGACCAUUCUUGAGCACAGAUUGGUGCAAAGCACAGAGGAAAUGAUAAAGCAGUGCCUGGGAAGGCUAUUUCUUGUGAACUGUAGUAGCAGCACCCAGUUACUUCUCACUCUUUACUCUCUAGAAAACAUGUUUUGCACUCACCCCUCUCUCUGCCUUUUGAUUUUAGAUAGCAUAUCAGCUUUUUAUUGGAUAGACAGAAGCAACGGAGGGGAGAGUCUUAACUUGCAGGAGAUGAAUCUGAAGAAAUGUGCUAACUUUCUUGAAAAGCUUGUGAGGGAGCACCACUUAGCCCUGUUUGCAACAACGCAGACGAUUAUGCAGAAAUCUACAAGCUCUGCAGAAAGCUUUUUUCCUUUAAAACUUCAGCAUGAAUUUGAUACAGACUAUAGGCCUUAUCUCUGUAAAUCAUGGCAACAAAUGGUAACCCACAGGAUAUUUUUCUCCAAGCAAUUUAAUUCUGGCAACACCAAAGGUUUUACAGUCGUUUCUUGCCACCUCAAAAAAAACAAUGUUGUAAAACGUUCAUUUAGUAUUGCAGAAUGCGGUGUUCAGUUUUAAUUUCAGUUUGUUUUUUAAAUGUCUGGCAAAUCCUGGUGCUUAAGGCCUGGUAAGCUCUAAGUAGUUUUUAGUAGCUUUUAAAUGAGCUGUUUGUUGCUGGGUGAUUAAGGAUUUUUGUUAUCAUUUUCUUAAAAUUUAGCGAAGGGCAGGAAACCUUAACGUUUUUGAAUUACUGUUUACGUUCAGUCCCAACCAGUGAGGAAUGUUGGCAAUUAUUUGUUUGUGCUUAAUGCAGGAAGCGAUUAAAUCAAGAAAAUUAUAACCAAAGUCAUUUAAAACUCCUAGUAUCCUUCAUUAAUGUAACCUUUGUGAUAUGCAGUCAAAUGCACUGACU